AUGUUGAUGCCAAUUUACUUUUGUUCAGUGAUUCCUCAACACUUACUCCCUUCACUAUUACAUAACCUUUACGUCUCAUCUCCCAAGUGCUUCCUUGGCCUGGAAGUAUUCAAUCUUAUGAAACAAGACAAAAUGCUAUUCGCUUACUGUCCUAUUUUAAAUUAGUGAAGACAAACAAGAAUUUGAGGAACACUGCGAGACUUGUACUUCAAAUGUUGAUACGAUUCAAGAUUGCACAUCCAUUGCACUGCUCGUGAUCCAAGGUCUCGAAAGACUGCAGCAUUGUCAAGAAAAAGUGACUGUUCUUCUUCUCACAAAAUUGCUAAUGGGAUCACCAACCAUUGAGUUAAAAGCUCUUGCUUCAGAUAAAGCUGCUGAAUUUGAUUUGGUUAAAGAUUAUUUUAAAACCAAAACAGGAAGAAGGGAUUUACAAGCACUGAUUUACCAUCUGAUAAUUACUGGAAUGGUCAGUGAAGUUCCUGUUGGUACUCCAGAAAACCCCAGUAUUGUGAUAAAGACUGGUAAUGUUCAGAAUCUUCAAAGUGGCAGUGAAAAGUGUUAUUUUCACACAUGCACAACCAUUUUUAACUGGUGA